UGGCUCAGGCUCCGGGGGAGGUGGCUCCGCAACGGCGCCCUGACGGGGAGGAGCAGAGCGGAGGCCGCUGCCGGCCCCGGCCCAUAGCGCUCCCUGCCCGGCCCCGCCAUGCCGCUCUUCACCACCAACCCUUUCGACCAGGAUGUGGAAAAAGCCACCAGUGAGAUGAACACUGCAGAGGAUUGGGGCCUCAUCCUAGACAUUUGUGAUAAAGUUGGACAGUCACGCACAGGGCCUAAGGAUUGUCUUCGGUCUAUUAUGAAGAGAGUGAACCAUAAGGAUCCUCAUGUUGCUAUGCAGGCACUGACACUUCUAGGAGCAUGCGUAUCAAACUGUGGUAAAAUCUUUCAUUUAGAAGUGUGUUCAAGAGAUUUUGCCAGUGAAGUAAGCAACGUAUUGAAUAAGGGCCAUCCAAAAGUUUGUGAAAAGCUGAAAGCUCUCAUGGUGGAAUGGACUGAUGAAUUCAAGAAUGACCCACAGCUUAGUCUAAUAUCUGCUAUGAUAAAAAAUCUUAAGGAACAAGGUGUUACUUUCCCAGCUAUUGGUUCACAGGCUGCAGAACAAGCGAAGGCAAGUCCAGCUCUAGUAGCCAAAGAUCCUGGUACAGUAGCUAAUAAAAAAGAGGAGGAAGAUUUAGCAAAGGCCAUUGAAUUAUCACUAAAAGAACAAAGGCAACAACAAACAACACUUUCCAAUUUGUAUCCGAGCACUUCAGGUCUCCUAACAAAUCACAAACAUGAGGGCCGGAAAGUUCGUGCUAUCUAUGACUUUGAGGCUGCUGAAGAUAAUGAAUUAACAUUUAAAGCUGGAGAACUUAUAACUAUACUUGAUGACAGUGAUCCAAAUUGGUGGAAAGGUGAAACACAUCAAGGGAUAGGUUUAUUUCCUUCUAAUUUUGUAACAGCUGACCUUACUGCUGAACCGGAAAUGGUGAAAGCUGAGAAGAAAACAGUACAAUUUAGUGAUGAAGUUCAAGUAGAGACAAUAGAACCUGAACCUGAACCAGUUUAUAUUGAUGAAGAUAAAAUGGACCAACUUUUACAGAUGUUACAAAGUGCAGAUCCAACUGAUGAUCAGCCAGACCUCCCAGAGCUACUUCAUCUUGAAGCAACGUGCCACCAAAUGGGUCCCCUUAUUGACGAGAAGCUGGAAGAUAUUGACAGGAAACAUUCAGAACUAUCGGAGCUCAAUGUUAAGGUCAUGGAGGCCCUUUCGUUGUACACUAAGUUGAUGAAUGAAGACCCAAUGUAUUCCAUGUAUGCAAAACUACAAAACCAACAAUACUAUGUACAGCCAUCUGGUGUUUCUGGUUCUCAGGCUUAUCCAGGACAACCUGCAAGUAAUGCAUAUCUGGUGACAGGGAGUGCACAGAUGAGCCACAUUCAAGGCUAUAAUCUUCCUCCAGAGCAACUUCCUUCUCUUAACCAAGGCACAGUUCCUCUGUCUGCAAGCUCAGGACUACCUAGUCAGCCUGCUCAAGCAUCUUACACAAAUACAAUGGUUGGCUCUGUUGCUGGAGGUACCUAUUCCAACCAGACAUCAGUGUACAGUCCACCUCCUGCUGCUGUUGAUGUCGCUGCUUACCCAAAUACUGGGACAAAUAUGUCCCAGGUGCCAAACUAUAACUUAGCAUCUUCAACUCUGCCACAGUCAGCAGGGAGUCAGCAACCACCACCUCAGCAACCACAACCGCAACCACCACCACAGCCACAGCAUACUUACUCCCAGAAGGCACUACUAUAGGAUCCAGGACUUCUGAUUCCUAAUCUUCUUCUAACGCCUGCUAAAAGCAGUUGACAUUGUUAUGAGUUUCUUCCCUUAAUCUCUUAAACUUUGUUUAUCCUCAGCUUAUUAGGAAUCUAUUUUGGUGACGAGUUCAAUUUGCACUGACUUUUUAGGAUUUUUUUUUUUAAUUUUGCAGAGGAAUGAAAAUAUCUAGGACAUUUAAUUCCUUUUUAAAACGUCUAAAAUUGGUACAGGAUUAUUUAUGUCUGGUAAAAUUGGCUAGUCUGUGAACACUCAACUUGCAAACUGUUGUGGCAUCUGUUAUUGUACAUAUAGUGUGAUUGCAAUAGUGGCCACUUUGAAUAGCUAUAGUGAUCAUGUGAAUAUAUUUAACAGUGUUAAAAAAUAAUUUACAUUACUAUUUUAUUUUAAUCAUGUUUCAUAGUUUUACCUAGUUUUAUGAAGGAUGUGAUAUCCUUUUGCAAUAUCUUCAUAUCACUGUUACACUUACAAGCUGAAGUCUUUCAUUUUCCAAUCUUACUGGAGUCUAGUUUUCUUCAAUUGUGAAUUGAACAUAAGUGUAACAUGACUAUUAGCUAGCUUUAUCUACCAAAGUAAACUAGUUAACAUUUUAAACUAUCUGGGGAGGUAACAGCAAAUGAUUCUGCUUUAGAUUUAUAAUAAUUUAAAACAAUUAUGUACAGGCUGCUACACAUAUCAUGGGACCAUAAUACAGAUCAGUAUCUUAAGAUUUAAGAGUACAUCAUUUAUUUUUUCCAUGCUGGCUUUGGGUAACUUGGAUUCUGACCUGUAUCCUAUGUGCAUUGGUGGAGAUAACAUCAAAGACAGAUAAAACAAGUUUGGAGGGGAAUGAAUGGAGUUUUUAAACUGGAACACAAAACACUGCUUACACUACAUCAUUCUGGUCUCUUGCAGUUAUUUAAGACAUUAAAAGUUGUGGACAAGAAAAAGACUCAGCUCAACAAAUUUCAGGACUUUAUUUUGACUCUGGUGGCCUUGUGUAGCAAAUGGUUUUGUUUACUAUUCUUAAACUAAACUCUUCUGCCUUAAGCAAGCAUCUCCUGCCUUUUUUCUAAUUUUAAGUUGUUGGGUUCUUUCCAUUUUUAACCCUUCCAUUAAAAAAAAUCGUUUCUCAUUUCCCUUAAUCAGGCCUAUUCAUAAUUGUCAGUCUUUUUUCCGUUAGUCUCUCUUCCAUUAGUCCCUUGUUCUGGUUACCCUUGAUCUACUUUCUAGCACAUGAGACUUAAUGUAUGCAAUUUAAAUAUAAAAAAGGUAACAAUAACUGAAGGCAGCUUUUUAGAUAUGAUCAAUGCAUCUUUUACAAGUCAUUUCUACUUUUGAUUUUAUAUUAUAUUUCUUUUGAUGAAUCCCAGUAUUCUUUGCCUUGUUUUAAUGGAACGUAUUUCUGUAAUAUACAUGGCGCUAUAGAUGUAAUUAUUUAAUUUAAUAUGUAUUUUCUAUUUCAAUGUGUAGGUUCUCUAGACUGUCAUGUCUCUCAUGUGUACACUAUACUACCCUACCAUGACUGUCAAGUACUCCCUCUGAAUCUGUUUCUGUUCUUAUAUUCAUCAUGUCAUUGAUUUCACUGUUAUGUGCAAAUAUCUUGGCUAUGGCUAUCACCCACGUCAUUUUCAUAAAUACUAAACGAGUGGUUACGAAACUUGCCCUUUGGUGUUCCAGCUGAUGAUGGUGGUUUCAGCUAAUGGAGCUAGUGUUUUUAACUCUAGCAUGUUUCUCUUAUUUUCUUACCAAGACUUUGAUUAUUCCCAUAAGCCUUAACUACUUGAUAUAGCCAUAGAAUGUAAGGAGGAACAAUAAAAUAAUAGCUUAGGAGCUUUGCAUUGGAUAUUAGUUUUUAACACCUUGGAGCGGUUCUUAUUUUUAAGAAGUAGAAGUGAGGAAAAUGAUGCUGUGGUCUGUGCAUGUUUGUUGGACAUCUUCAGAAGGGGAACAAUGAUGGGUUUGGAGAGAAGAAUAGUUUCUUCCUCCCCCUCUGCUUUCCCCCCCCCAAUUUAGGAAGCUUUGUAUAGCAUGCUGGUAGUCUCAUUAGACUUACUGAGACGACCUGUGUGCUUAAAUUUUGGGGACAGCCUCAUAAUUUCACAAAUAAGCCCCAAGUCUAUUGCGAUGACUGAGGAUCAACAGACUUUCUAUAUAAUAAAAUGUCACCCAUCAAAACUAAAUCUUUAUUAUUAAUUGUUUUGUCCAGAUGAAUUAGACGCAAGCAAAUUGAUUUCAGAAACUUUCAGUACAAGUUUGAUUUCUUAUAGAGCAGAAAGGCUUUUUUUGAUAGUUAAUUUAUUAAGCAUUGAAAAUCUGUUAUGCAUCUGAGAUCCUGUCAUUUUCCACCUUAUUUUCCUUUUUUAAAUAUUAAUUAAAAAUAGUUUCUAGUAGUUGUGCACACCAUCUCUGUAAUCGAUCAAUCUAAAUUUAAUCUGUGAGAAUUUUUCUCCUUUUUAAGGUCUGGUCGUCAUCCAUGCUUUUUUAUUGAAGCUGUUGUCCACGUCUUUCUUCUAGAAUGAGUUUGUGGGUCUGUUGGAUGUCUUUAAAGUCAUUAUUAUAUAUUUAUAUUUUGUCUUUAAUUUCCGCACAAACUGUGGUUUGAAACUGCUGUAUGAUAUAGGAAGGAAUCUGCUUCAUUAGCAUCAUCCUUAUCAACUUAAGUGCAUCCUAAGCUUUUAAUAAUGUCACUUGAAAUACUCUUCAAUGUCUUCUAAAAUAGUAAUUUCUAACUCUGUAGGCUUGAUUGCUAAAUUCACAUUAUGCUUUUCUGUGUUUAAUGAUAUUUCUCGUUUUUCUCUAUAGUGUCUUCACUUGGUUCACUUGGUCAUUAUUCUUAUUGAAUCUAGCUUCUGUAACAUGUUGAAAACUUGUUACACUAAUUCUUUUAUAUGACCCCCAUUUUCAUUUCUGGUAACUUAGUCAUUCUCCUUUUUAACAUAAAAGUCUUACCACUAAUUAUCCACAGGAAGAAUGCUUUGGUACCAGCACUAGGACUUCUUUGCUGUAAUUUCUUCUUCAGAUUCCUAAUUGAACUGUGUUCUUUGUUAAGAGGUGUCACAUUGGUUAUCAAUGUAUUACUUUGUUUCUUAACUGUGAAUGGGAAAUGAGCAUUUCUAUAGGUUUUGCAGGAAAAGUUGAACUCCAGAGAAUUUAAAUGCUAAAAAGGCAGGAUAUUCACAAAUUAAGGUUUUUUCCAAAAAGCACUGUCAACUACACCUUACACGCUCUGAUAGUAUGCCGCCUCUUUGAACUUCUGGAUAUGUUUGCUUCUCAAUAUAAGGCUAAAAUGUUCUCAAAAUAUUUUCUAUAUCCCUGUUAUUAUUUAACCCUUUCUUAACAAAGUGUAACGUCUGUUAGUUGGGUUAAAUAGAGCUUUAUAGAAGUUUGAUUUUUUUUUUUUAUGAGCAACUGGAGCAAGUUCUGGGAAGUGCAUUCAGUUUUGGUUGUUAUAACAACAGAAUUUUAGUUGGGCCAUGUUUAUCAUCUCAGUGUACUUGCCUACAAAUUAAGAUGGCAAGAAUUACUGUAAAACUUUCCAGGGCAAUUUUGGUCUGAAGAGAAGAAAACUAAGGGGGUGAAAUAGUUUAAACUUGGUAUGAAUAGGUAUUUUACAGAGGAAUCUGUUCUGGAGAUUGCAUCCAAGAUUGGAUGCAAACAUGCUCAUCAGACUUUGCUAGCUACUAGUAUUUUUCUGUGCAUUUGAUGUCAAAAGCCUGUUUGCAUCUCCACUAGGUUAUAUACAGUAAUUGUGUAGUAGUCCUAAGUCCAAGUCAAGUAGAAAUCUGCCUUAAAGCAAAUCAAGCUUUUAUCAAAGCUUUGGAACACUGACUUGCCUUUUCAAAUACAGUUCUUUGUGAAGUUAUGGCAAUUUGGAAAGUAAAGCGAGUUUGGGUCACCAGAAGUUAAAUAAUUCUAUCUGUAAUUGUAAAUAUUUCCCAUAUUACAAAAUAGGAGAUGCUGCCGCUUGUAGCGACACCUCUAUUGUCUGCUUACUUUUUUGCUAAAAUGAGGUUAUUUUGUAGUCCAAAGGCAGGAAUGUCAGAUCUUAUGCUGGAGAGCUGCUAAUACCUCAUUCUUUAAUUAAAAUGGUUUCUUCAAGGUCAUUUACCUGACUCUUAAGUAUUUCCACCCUUUGUCUGAAGCUUUGGCUUAUAAAGGUUUUAACCUCCUUUCCCAUCUGCUGAAAUUUACAGACUGAAUGGAAGGUAGCCACACUUAUUAGAAUGACUAGACUGAUGUCUUGGAUUAUGACUCCAAUGUGGCAUUUGCCUUCAGAGAAAAUGGCAAGAGUUUUGUUCUGAAGAUGAAUAGAGCAGCAAAACAUGCCUUGGGGCUUUUCUUGAUAUUUAACUUUUUUUCUCCUCUUUUUUCCUAUUGUCUCCCACUAUCUUUUUUUUUUUUUCUAUCACUAGCAGCAGGCAGAAUCAUUUUUUACUGUAUAUUAUUCAUUUGUAAAGAAACCUAGUCAAAUUCUCACUACAGGUAUCCCUGUUGCAUCUUUUGCAACCACUUAAAAUACUGUUCACUUUACUGGGUCUAUACUACAAGGUCUGCAGUCAAAUGUGAGAAGGCCUUGAACUUUAAGCUUGUUACUUUACUAUAUAUAUAAAAAAAACAACAACACUAGAAAACUUUUCAAAAUCUCAUGUUUUAUAUUGGGAUCUUUGUUUGAGAAACAUUCCACGUGCUCUACUGGAAACAUGUAUGGGUGUGUGUGUGUGUGUGUGUGUGUGUGUGUGUGUGUAUGUAUAUGUAUGUAUGUAUGCAUGCAUACAUACAUACAUACAUACAUACAUACAUACAUACAUACAUACAUACAUACAUACAUACAUAUGUAGUAUAGCUGCAGGUCCAAAGCUCAUUUUCUUGUUGCCACCUCAACCAAAAGGUGGCAGAAGGUUUCUCUUCCUCUCUCCUGCAUAUACUCUUGGAAAGUUGAAUAACUUUUGUCAUAAAGAGGAAAAAAAAGACUGCUACAGUUCGUCUUUGUUUUAUUAAAGUAUAUGCAGUAGCAAAGUGUUUUGUUUUUUAUUUUUGGAGUUCUGUGUGAUGUUGGCAUAUGUACAUAUUUAGAUAAUACUGCACUGUUGUACAAGAGUUUUGAUUUAGUAAAUAACACUUUGUUUGUUUAAAAAACCUGUUUAUUGUUUUUGGUAUAAUGCCGAAUAUUAAAGUUGAAACAUUUAGUUCA